AUGUACGCCCCGCUACGCCUGCCGAGGGCCUUGGUCGUCGGCGUCGGUACCGGCAACGGGCGACAGGACUACCUCUUCAAGGUCGUCGACACCUCGAGCAACCUGAUCUGGAUGAAAUGCAAGGGGUGCGACCCGCACUCCCCGCAGCGCCACCGGCUCUUCGACAAGACGGCCUCGCCGACGUUCGGCCUCGUCCCGGGCACCGACCCGUUCUGCCAGCCGCCGUACUGGUCCGAGUUCAACGGGCAAGCGUGCGCGUUCCGCGUCGACGGCCCGAGGGGCAUGUCGGUCGAGGGCUACCUCGGCACCGACCAGCUGACCUACGAGGGGGCGGUGCACCAGAACGUGCCCUUCGGCUGCGCCCACAGCGCCCAUCAUUUCCAGAACGACGGCGUGUUCGCCGGGGUCAUCGGCGCGACGGCCGUGGCUCGCGGGCUGACGCGGUUCUCGUACUGCCUCUUCCAUGGCGGCGGCGACGCGAACCGCCGCCGCCAGGGCUUUCUCCGAUUCGGCACCGACGUCCCGCGCAACCCGCGCUACAGAACCACCAAGAUCCUGCCGGCGCUCGGCGCCCGGAACGAGUCGUCGGGGCACUACGUUCGCCUCGUUGGCGUCAGCCUGGGCGCCCGCAGGCUCGACGGGAUCCGACUGGAGAUGUUCGCCCGCCGCGACGACGGGCAAGGCGGGUGCGUGAUCGACCUCGGCACGCCGCUGACGGUGAUGGCCCGGGAGGCGUACGACGUCGUCGAAGCGGCCGUGUGGUCGGACCUUGCGCACCACGGGGCGGAGCGGGUGGAGCUCUCCGGCUACGGCCUCUGCGUCCGAGCAUCGUCCGAGGCGAUGAAGGGGCGCCUCCCGUCGCUGUCGCUUCACUUUCCCGAGGAGGAGGCGGCGCUGGUGGUCUCGCCGGAGCAGAUGUUCCUGAUGGCGGAUGACGAGGAGCAGGGGCGGAUCGCGUGCCUUGCCAUGAAGCCGGGACGCCGAACCGUCAUCGGCGCAUUGCAGCAGGUGGAUACGCGGUUCGUCUUCGACCUCAAGGACUCCAAGCUUUCCUUUGCAUCGGAGUCGUGCAUCCAGGGGACCAGGACACCGUCCAAGACGUUUAGAUGA